UGAGUAAGCGACAGUCGACCAGCAAAUUGUCAGAGGAACAAGACACUGUGUCGAGACAUCGAAGGGAGAUUUGAAGUGAGCCUCAUCAUAUCACGAUGACCCAGCCAAAGAGACUAUUAAGUCUGGCCUUUGGAUUUCUCCUGGCCUUCAAUGUUCAAGGUGACGAAACCUUUGAAUUUAUUCAACCCGAACAUGGCUAUUUCGGAACUGUUUCCGAGUCCGAGACAAACAUCAGCAUCGACCCUCCCAUCAAAACGCAGGGCAAACUUGUGUGCAAAUUCAACAUCAUCCACCACCAUGACACUCCCAAGCCUCCAUUUGAAAUUUCGAUGGAGAACCAAGACCAGGGAUUGGCUGUCGUCAAGACGACCCAACUCCUGAAUUGUGAGGAACAGAAUGAGUACAAAAUGCACGUGGAGGCCAUUGCUUGCGAUGGAACAUACGCUGAACGAGCCAUUUUGAGGGUGGUGAUUAAUGACAUCAAUGAGUUUGCGCCUGAGUUUGUCGAGGAUUCCGUGAGCGCCUCAGUCAUGGAGGGCGUCAUCAACGAUAACAUCAUCCAAGUCAAAGCCACCGACAAGGACUGCUCCAAACAACUGAGUCAGAUUUGCCAGUACAAAAUCGAGACCGAGAACCAACCGUUCCAGAUCUCGGAUGAAGGAAUCAUCUCCAACACCAUGCCACUGAACUUCACCAACACCCACAAAUUUGUCCUCUCGGUUGUGGCCAAGGAUUGUGGCGACAAGACAUCGUCGCCGAUUCUGGUCAUCAUUGAAGUGAGACAACCUUGCCGUAGUGGAUGGACCGGUCUCCCAUCGGAAUUGAGCUACACACCUGGGACUGGACCACAGCCUUUGUACUCGCAUUCUAAUUUGGCCUUUUGUAACGAUGACGGUGGGGAGAAGAACGAGUUUUGUCCCGUAGACUCCGUUGAAGCGACUUUGGCCUUGGAGACUAGACAUGUGGGUAAGGGAUGCGAUCGAGACACCUACUCGAUUUCCAACCAACGGAUCCUCUGUGGAGCCAAUGAGGAAGGCAUCAAACUACUGGAUGAUGUCCCCAGGACAAUGCAAGACACCAGCUCCGAGAGUGACCAAAGUAUUACCCGAUUUGACGGAAACUCGGGCAUUGAAGUGACAAGCAAGUUCACGGAAGCCGGAAACAGCCUCAAAAUGGACACGUUUUCCAUUUCCACAUGGAUGAAGCAUGAGGACAAUUUGGCAAUGGAGAAGCAUCACAAGGAGCACGUCUUCUGCAUUGCUGACGACCACAAGAAAAACCGACACCACAGCGCCCUGUUCAUUCGCAAUUGCAAACUCGUGCUCCUACUCCGACGAGAAUACGUCAAUGGAGAGGAGAACAUCUUCCGCCCCGCUGAAUGGCGAUGGAACUUGCCCCAAGUGUGCGACAAUGAAUGGCAUCAUUACGCGAUCAACGUCAACUUCCCCCACGUCGACCUGGUGGUGGACGGAGACCUCUGGACCCCGGAAAAAGAUAACCCCGAGAUCAUUGACGACUGGCCUCUCCAUCCAGUGGGCGAUCAAAUGACCACCAAGAUAUCCGUGGGGGCUUGUUGGCAAGGAUCCGAGAACCGCUUCCGACACGAGAUCAAGGGCUAUCUGGCCGGUUUGGUGCUCCUUCCGGGCAUCAACGAGAACUUGGAGGUACUGAAGUGCCUGCAUCAAUGCUCGGAGUCCUUACAAGUGCCGGCCUCCAGUUCCAUUGCUGCAGGUAUGGAAAUGGUUUCCAAUAAACUCGGCACUCGCGUCACGGUGGAUGGGAGCAAUCCCAAAGACAUUUCGUCUCUGGUGAACCAAAUCGCUUAUUUGAACACAAGGGAAUUUCCAUCUCCCGGAAAGCGUAUCCUGACUUUGAGCACACGACUGAAUUGCAAGGAUGGUUCCUCCAUGGCCUUGCUCGAUCACAAGGCCACAAUCGACGUCAUGCCAGUCCCCGAGCCAAAGAUCGAUAUUGUGGGCACGUCGGAAAUUGCCAGGGAUUAUGACGACUUCAAGUUGGGCGUUCGAAUCUUCACCGAUGUUCACAUCGUGAUGACAUCGGGAUCCAAUCGGAAUGGGGAACCUGUCAAUGGGAUCGAGAAUCGAUUGGAUCGAUGCGAAGUCACAGUCUCGCCUCCUUUGAACGGCGAUCACGAGUUCUUCGAUGUGCCCGACGACCUCUUGAAAUCCCUGAAAAUUCAAGGCUCCGUUUCUGCAUCCGGAGCCGUUUUCCGUGGGGCGGAGAUGAUCUAUAAUUACGAACGUCUCCUCAGACAAGUGACCUACACCAAUAAGAAGCCAGCCUAUUACUUGAACCGACAGUUCAAGAUCAUUUGUUCUGAGAUGAACAAUCGCUUCAUGAGCAACGAAUACGAACAGACGCUGACGGUGAUCCACCCUACUGCCACCGUCAACAAGGACACUGAGGAGAGCGUGGACACAAACAACAUCAACAAUCAGAACGGAAAUCACCACCAAAUAUACGACAUCCCACACGCUCAUCGAGGUUUAGAUGAGCAAACCAUCGAUGAAGUGGGCUUCAAAGAGACUCAGAACAGUUUCCACACAGGCCAAGCAGGCGCCCAUAGCAAUGUUGUCGCCCUGAUUGCGGUCGUGUGCGUGGCUUUCUUAGCCGUCCUUCUUAUCUUGGGCAUCAUUCGCGUGCGAGCUGGCCAUCAGCGGAGCACCAACGAGGAUCUCCAAGCUGAAGUGGAAAUGGCGUGGGAUGAUUCUCCUUUGAACAUAACCAUCAAUCCCAUGCAGGCCAUGUCCAAUGGGGACAAGACGUCCAGCGCCGCCCCCACUCUGCAUGAGAACCCAUGUUCAGACGAGAUCCUCGGAGAUUCACUCGUGGAUGGGAUGGACUCCGACGACGACGUGGAUGACGAUGAUUCGUAUGGCGAGGACGAGGAAGAUGACGAUCUGGGCUCCGAUGAUAUCCACUCUCGGCCAGUGGUCAUGUCAAAAACGGCACGAAGAAAGCAGCGAUUGGAGUGGGAUGAUCAAGACUUGUAGGAGGUGACGGGUAAGUCGCCCCAUUUCUCAAAAUCUCACCCAAAUCGAAGCCUCUCAAGCAACCAAAUGCACACACACAAUACAAUCUACGGAUCCUGUCUUCAGCUCCAAAUUUCAGCGCACAAGGGUGAUUUUCGGGAUAUACCAUUUCACAUCGCUACAUGGAGAGGAACGAGUCUUUAUUUCAUCAUCAAGUGACACGUUUUUGGUCCUCAGCCUCACUGUCGUUUCAACAACAAGAACAACAAAAACAACAACACCUUUAUCAUCAUCAAAGUCAACCAACACUUCUGCUGCAAGUAGAAAAAGAUUAUCGUCAUCGUCUUGAUGUAAUUCAACCCCGUCGUUAUUAGAGUAAAAGCACCGAGAACAAACAUAAAAAACUCUUCACAUAUCGAACAAUGAACAAAAUGCGUUUCUGGUCAUCCUCAUCCAAAUGACCAAGUCAGUCAUUCAGUGCUUCAUCAUCUAUUGUCACUAUCAUUAGUGUGCUAUACUAAGCAUUUUGUCACCAUGCAUAAUUUACUAUGAUUACUACUACUACUAUUACUCCUACUACUAUGUUACGUACUACGUAAUACCAAUGUCCGCAUUCCCACCCAAACAACCAAUAUGAUCUUUUUGGGUUACUGAUAUGAUUCGUAUCUCCGAUUUACUUUCAUCCUUAUAAUUGGUCCCAUUCGACCCAUCACGAUCAUUUCAAAGAGAAGCCAUCAUCAUUCCAGUUAUCUUCAAACGAGCAACAAUGCCAUUUACCAUUGUCAUUGAUUGUUUAAACAGAGAAAUGUGAAAUAAAUAUGUUCCACUAUUUUUUAACCCCUCCGCUCACAA